AUGUCUGCCAAAACUCAGAAUGUUAUGCGUGAUCUGAAGAUCGAGAAAUUGGUCUUGAACAUCUCCGUCGGUGAGUCCGGUGACAGAUUGACCAGAGCCUCCAAGGUUCUUGAGCAACUGUCCGGUCAGACCCCUGUGCAGUCCAAGGCCAGAUACACCGUCAGAACCUUCGGUAUCAGAAGAAACGAAAAGAUCGCCGUGCACGUCACCGUGAGAGGUCCAAAGGCCGACGAGAUCUUGGAGAGAGGGUUGAAGGUCAAGGAGUACCAGUUGAGAUACAGAAACUUCUCUGCCACCGGUAACUUCGGUUUCGGUAUCGACGAACACAUCGACUUGGGUAUCAAGUACGACCCAGGUAUCGGUAUUUUCGGUAUGGACUUCUACGUCGUCAUGGGCAGACCAGGUGCCAGAGUCACCAGAAGAAAGAGAUGCAGAUCCACCGUUGGUAACAACCACGUCACAUCCAAGGAAGACACCAUCGCCUGGUUCAAGCAGAAGUACGACGCCGACGUUGUCGACAAAUAG